AUGCGUUUGCCAUAUCGGAACAAGAAGGUCACCCUGUGGGUGCUCUUUGGCAUCAUUGUCAUCACCAUGUUCCUAUUCAAAUUCACCGAACUGCGGCCCCAGUGCCUCUUCAAGGUGGAUGCCGCCAGCGAGCUCAGCUCCCAAAUGGUUCGCGUCGAGAAAUACCUCACAGAUGACAAUCAACGCGUUUAUUCAUACAACCGUGAGAUGCCAUUAAUAUUCAUAGGCGGCGUGCCCAGAUCAGGGACGACUUUGAUGCGCGCCAUGCUGGAUGCCCAUCCCGAUGUGCGCUGCGGUCAGGAAACACGCGUCAUUCCACGCAUCCUGCAACUACGUUCGCAUUGGCUCAAGUCUGAAAAGGAAUCGCUACGCCUGCAGGAGGCCGGUAUUACCAAGGAGGUCAUGAACAGUGCCAUUGCACAGUUCUGUCUGGAAAUCAUCGCCAAGCAUGGGGAGCCGGCGCCGCGUUUAUGCAACAAGGAUCCGCUGACGCUGAAAAUGGGUUCCUAUGUCAUCGAGCUAUUUCCGAACGCGAAAUUCCUAUUCAUGGUGCGCGACGGUCGGGCGACCGUUCAUUCGAUUAUAUCGCGCAAGGUGACAAUCACCGGUUUCGAUUUGAGCAGCUACCGCCAGUGCAUGCAGAAGUGGAACCACGCCAUCGAGGUGAUGCACGAGCAGUGCCGGGAUAUUGGCAAGGAGCGUUGCAUGAUGGUGUACUAUGAGCAGUUGGUCCUGCAUCCGGAAGAAUGGAUGCGCAAGAUAUUGAAAUACCUGGAUGUGCCAUGGAAUGAUGCGGUGUUGCAUCACGAGGAGUUCAUCAAUAAGCCCAAUGGAGUGCCACUUUCCAAGGUGGAACGCUCCUCGGACCAAGUGAUCAAGCCGGUGAACCUGGAGGCCAUGUCCAAAUGGGUGGGCCAGAUACCGGGCGAUGUGGUCCGUGACAUGGCCGACAUUGCGCCCAUGCUGUCCGUGCUCGGUUACGAUCCGUACGCGAAUCCGCCGGACUAUGGUAAGCCAGAUGCAUGGGUGCAGGACAACACGUCGAAGCUAAAGGCCAAUCGCAUGUUGUGGGAGAGUAAGGCCAAGCAGGUGCUCCAGAUGUCCAGCGAGGAUGAGUUCAACAACAAUAGUAACAACAAUAAAGACGCCAACAAUAAUCAGUACAAUGUCAAUAAAAUUAUGCCAGAACAGCAACAGAAGCAACAUCAACCACAACACAGACAGCGGCAACAGCAGCAGCAGCAGCAACAUCCACAUCAUCAGCAACAUCAGGAGAUUGAAGGGGAAGGGGAAACGGAACCGGAACGAGAACAAGAAUUGUUGCAUCAAAAGCCAAAGGAUGUCAUUACGAUAAAGCAGCUGCCAUUACAGAAUGGCAACAGCAACGGCAACGGCAACGGCAACGGCAACAAUAACGAGAACAAGAAUGGCCCCAUGGCGGAUACAUGAUAUCCGCACAUACCCAUAAGACUGCCGCGUGGCAAGCACUGAAGCGAACUGGGAGAGGAGAGUAGACCGCAACCGAUAAGGACAAAGGCUAACGAUAAGGA